UUGCCCGUGAGACAUAUUAGUAGUUUUAUUCUAUCCAUGUACAAAAUUUAAGUAAACACCACAAUCCUUGGGUUUAUUUAUAAUCAGUAUGGAUUUAACGAUAAAGGAAUAUUGAUCAGGAAGCGAAUUCUACCAAAAAUUUAACCUCCAUGAUGUGUUAAAGCACAUGUAUGUUUAAUAGUGUAUUUGUAAAGAGAAUAACAUAUAUAGCAAGUUUUUAACUAACUGCUGCUAGCUUUGUAUUAAUCAAUGAGUCAUCUCGGUGAGGGAAAUUCGAAACAUUGAAGAGUUCCAUGCUUGUUGAUUGACAUUCAGAGGUAUGGCGAAGCCAAAUUCUGGUGGAGAUUUUGAUAAAGUUCGGUUUAAGCAUGUAGCGACGGAUGAAUUUGAAAAUAAUGCUGAACUGACUAAUGAUGAAGAUGAUGAGGUGACCAUCGAGUUGAAAUCUCUCAUUUCUGAGAAUAAACCUGCAAACGGGUUUUCAAGAAAUAUUAAACACUCUUAUUGGUGCAAUAUUCAAAGGUUAUCAAUGUGCGCUUUAGUCGUAAUUGGAGCAGUGUUAUUUAUCGCUGGUCUAACUAUCGGAUUGCUGAUAGGCCGAUUCUCGUAUGAUUUGAACCAGUCAGAAGAGUCGGGCGCGAAAGUUUCCCCCAUUGCAGAGACUAAUCAAUGCAAUUGUUCAAGGUGCUCAACAGAAGGACAAUUGUCAUCUACAACACCAUCAUCCUCACCAGAUAGUCACACAGAAAGAUACACUACAUCUAGUAAGCAGACGACACACUCUAUGACAGAACAAAAGUUUGUAACGCCAGUGACAUCAAAAAGUUCCACAAGUAGUUGUAACGUUUGCAAAACUCGCGAUCCUAACACAUCUCUUGGUAAUGAAUCGAUCAGAUCCCUUUUCGCGCCAAUCACUAAGAAAGAAAUGAAAGCUGUUUCUAUAGCUCUGAAAACUAAAGCAUAUGUAUCUUACGAUCAUAAACUUGCUAGCAAUAGACUGUCCCAUGUCUACCUGCUCCCCCCUGUGAAAUAUGAAGCAUUACAUCACCUCGACAAGAACAGUUCAUUUCCGGGGAGAUUUGCUAAAGUUCACGUGUUUCGACCAGCCAGUGACCCUCCAGAUGUCAUGGAAUACAGAGUUGGACCCCUGAAUGAGACCUUUGAAAAUAUGAUAGUUGAAAAGUUACGAAAAGACGGAGAAAUCAGUUUUAAUCGGCGGCCAUAUGAUAGUACUGAAGCAAAUGAACUCUAUACAUUGCUAGAACCAGAAAUACAAGCAAUUGCGCAUUUGCUCUUUGAAAGUUUUGAUGGAAUCAAUAACACCAAAGACACUUUUCCAGAAUUUUCUUAUUUACCAACAUCUAAUUUAUCCGAUCGAACUUCAUACAUGGUUUUAGUAUUACAUUUAGGAUCAGCAUCUACACUUCGUCUUCUCCCAGUUUCAUGCACGGUUCAUCACCCGGGUACAAACGUGUCUCGAUGGUAUACUUCUAACUGGUAUUAUCUCGACCAGGGUCCUUACAAGUCUGCAACUGAAUUGCAAGAAGCGUACGAUUCUGUGCAAUUACGAAAAAUAAAGUACCCGACUAUGUAUCGUAAAGACCACAAAGGAGAUUUCGAUCGUGUAAGAAAUGAAUCACUGCCUGCACGUGACCUGUCUGAUAUUCCUCCACCAAGAACCUACGAACCACAAGGACCAAGGUAUACCGUAAAAGGUCAUAAAGUAAUGUGGAUGGGUUGGCAGUUAGAAGUAUCCACUAACCCUGUGCGAGGUCCAGCUGUCUUCGACGUCAGAUUCCAAGGUGAAAGAAUCGCGUAUGAAAUAUCUCUCCAGGAUAUUACACUACUGUAUUCAACUCAAACGAAUGGACACGGACCUCCAGUGUUAAGUGAUACGUUUUAUUUGAUAGGCAAAUAUAAUAAACCGGUUUUUGACGUUGAUUGUCCUAAAAGAAGUAAAAUUUUAAAAGCGACCCAUUUUCUGGCAGGUUCGCCUAUAGAAAUGGACGCUUUUUGUGUUUUCGAAGCAGACGGACAAAGGCCGCUGUGGAGACACGGGUCACGUGGUUUAGCAGAUCACUAUCUCGUGAUUAGAGCACCGAUUAGUGUAGGUAACUAUGAUUAUAUUUUUGAAUGGAACUUUUAUUUAGACGGUCGUCUUCAGACACAUCUAACAGCAUCGGGAUACCUCUAUGGAGCGUUUUGGGAUCCAGAUGAUCCAAAGGCAGCAGACGAUGAUAGUUUCCCGCCCUAUGGAUAUCGGCUUGGUGAAUUUUUGCUCGGACCUAUACACGACCACACGUUCACAUUCAAAAUCGACUUAGAUAUAUAUGGAACAACAAACAGUUUCCAAACAGUACAUUGGAAGACCAGAAGUAGAGGAACACAGAAACCAGGCUAUAUCCUGUUUAAUAACACACGGUAUGCUAGCAGUGAAAUACUUACACAUGAAAACAGUUUCAUUUUGGAUACGAAAAAUCCGAAAGUCUGGACGGUUGUGAACGAAAAUAAAAGGAAUUCUUGGGGUGCGAAGAAAGGUUAUAGAGUAAUUCCACAUUCAAAAUAUGCCGAAAUUCUUGAAGACCAUAUGAUGUUACAGGUUUGGGAUCACCUUAAAUAUCAACUUGCCGUUACUAAAAGAAAGGAAUCAGAACCUUACGCUACUAAUUCUUUAUACGAUAUCACCCAUCCAAUAAAAAUGUUUCCCAGAAAUGGGGUAAUGAAAUUAGAUAACGAAACCGUUCGAAAUGAAGAUCUGGUUUUGUGGAUUAGUGAAAAAUUUUACCACCUGCCAACGUCGGAAGACGUACCAAUGACACUUCCGGCAGAGGUUGGCUUCACGUUAAAACCGUUUAAUUAUUUUGAUAGGACGCCAGUUUUUGAUUUACCAGCUCAUUAUUCGAAACAUGAAGCUUAUGACAAUACAUCUUGUUUUGUUAAUGACUGAUCUAAUGUUAAAAGUAACCAAUUUUUAGAAAAUGCCGGGAUGACAAUGUAGGUGUGUUUCGCAGUGUUAUUUUCGGCUUAUUCGAGUUAAAGUGGUGUGAAUGUGAGCAUGUGCGCUUUUAUUAGCACACCAAGGCUUAAUUUGUUUUACAGACACUAGUGUAGACUCGAGUUUGGUAAGCGAAAAGAACACCGAGAACGUAACACGAGUGUAGCAAAUGAUUAGUCCAAAAUGAAAAAGAACAUGACGUUAAACAUGGUGUAGCUAAAGGCUUUGCUUAACUCACAGUCUCACGAAAUAUUUACCGAUCUCUCAUUUACAUAAUUAAAUUAUAAACAGAAAAUGCAGAAUAAAUGAGGAAAAACUUUCCUCAAACUAAAUCCUCACGACGAUAUCUUACAAACACCACAAAGGGCACUGGACAGAUUUAUUAUUUACCACAUUCAUACAAAAGAUGUCUGUAUGAGUUUGAUUCAACAAAAAUAAACUUAUCGGAACGACUGAAAAUUUACGUUACAUGUGACAAAAUUUGGGGUAUAUUGCUAGAACUAUGAACGUUAGUUCAGACCAGUUAGCUUGACUUUAAUACGCAUGCGUAAAUACAAGUGUGAUGUUAAACUCAACAAAAAUAAAUCUAAUUAUUUUAUGACUUUUUCUAAUG